AUGGCUGAUUACAACCCCAUCCUGGUGUUUGUCAUUUCCAUCUUUAUCUUACAAUUUCUAAGCAAGACAAUGGAUUCUAGAACAAAUGGGGAAAUCGAAGACAACCCAAAUCCCGAGGUUUCUGAAUCAAAGUUGAAAAACGUGGAAAGUGUUGGAGAGAAAGACACGUUGGGGGAGUGCAAGAAAUCUGCAAGCACCAAUGACAUGUUGUUUAGGGCUGAUGAAAUUGAUCUCAAAUGCUUGGAUGUGCACCUAGAGAAGCACCUGAGCCGAGCUUGGUCAAGAAAUGUAGAACCUAAUAGGCCAAAAGAACCAUGGGAGAUUGAUUUGGCUAAGUUGGAAAUAAGGAAUCUUAUUGCUCGUGGAGCUUAUGGAACGGUUUAUCGUGGCACUUAUGAUGGGCAAGAUGUUGCUGUGAAACUGUUGGAUUGGGGAGAGGAUGACAUGGCUACAACUAAUGAACUCGCGGCUUUACGAGCAUCAUUCCAGCAAGAAGUUGCUGUUUGGCAAAAGUUAGAUCAUCCAAAUGUUACUAGUUUUAUUGGUGCUUCAAUGGGGACUUCAAAUCUCAAGAUACCUGCUAAAAACUCAAGCGAUGAUCCUACUGAACUUCCAUCAAAGGCUUGUUGUGUGGUGGUAGAAUUUCUUAGAGGCGGAACCCUAAAAGGAUUAUUAUACAGGAAUAGGAAGAAGAAGCUUCCGUACAAAAUUGUUAUUCAACUCGCUUUGGAUCUUGCAAGAGGAUUGAGCUACCUCCACUCAAAGAAGAUUGUGCAUCGUGAUGUUAAAGCCGAAAAUAUGUUGUUAGAUAGUAAUAGGAAGCUCAAAAUUGCGGAUUUUGGUGUUGCUCGUGUUGAAGCUCAGAAUCCCAAAGAUAUGACGGGUGAAACUGGAACAUUAGGUUAUAUGGCUCCUGAGGUUCUUGAAGGAAAGCCUUAUAACAGAAAAUGUGAUGUUUAUAGCUUUGGUGUAUGCUUAUGGGAAACUUAUUGUUGUGAUCUUCCAUACCCAUUUCUCAGUUUUGCUGAAGUGUCGUCAGCAGUUGUUCGUCAUAAUCUGAGGCCGGAAAUACCAAGAUGUUGUCCGAGUUCUUUAGCAAACGUAAUGAGGAGAUGUUGGGAUGCAAAUCCUGACAAGCGCCCAGAGAUGCCUGAAGUUGUGAAGUUACUAGAAGCCAUUGAUACCACUAAGGGCGGAGGUAUGAUACCUGAAGAUCAAGUUGCUGCUGCUGGGUGUUUCUGUUUUGGCCCAGUGCGAGGUCCUUGAAUUCUGUCAAAUCUCUUGGUGUCUCUCCAACAAAAUUUUCUUUAAAUCAUUGUGCCUGUGUUUGAAUUGAGUGUACAUAGAGUGCAAUGAGCUAGAACUCAUAUGAUUUUGUAAGUUGCACCAAAAAUGGAGUUAUUAACUGUUAUGAUUGAAUGAUAAAACAGUACGGAGAGGUUUUUCUCAUUGAUUGAAUGAACACUUACAAGAGAAACUGCAAUGAAUAAUUAAG